CGCAUGUGUAUGUGCACAAGUGCGUGUAUGGCGUAUUGCUGCUGCUGCUGCACAGUGCUUGCAGUCGUCCGCGAUACCAUCGUAUAUAGAUAUUUAAUGACUAUACAUUUGUUUUAUAUAUGCCUUUGAAAAACGUGAGUUUUCAGUCGUGUAACGCUCACGCCGAGUGCAAUGACUUCGUCGUACACGUAUCUGUGAGAGAACGGAAGGUGCCGAUUAUGAUUUGUUAAGCUGUUUGUUUUUAGAAUCUAUAUAUUUUACGGGCUCGGUGCAAGUUGUCCGUAAUUUUUUAACGAUUGACACAAGGCUCGUUGCGAUGGGCAAUUAUGGUGGUGAUAUUAUUAUUUGUUCGAUAGUUUUAGUUUCGUUGUACGUCGUCUACUUUUCCACUAAUAUUAUCAAGUCGUUAGUUGGAAAUGGAGAAGAUAUUUUGAGUUCUAAAGAGUAUUAUAGUUGGAUUAUACGAUUUUUGUUAAACUUUGCUGGCUAUGCCACGGUUUUGUUGCCUGGAUAUUUAAUUUACAAGUAUGUCAGGAUAAGCAAAUAUUUACAAAGAAAAGGUAAAGGAUGCUUGUCCAGAUUAGUGCAUUCAUGUUUCGUCGGCAGUGGAGAUCAGGGUUUACUAGAUUCUCCUCAUUAUUCUCAAGUUCCAACUAAUAAUGGGCAACCACGUACAUUUUUGCAAGAUACUUUUAUCCUUGUGCAUUGUUUCCUAGGAUUGCAAGCUAGUUAUCUAACAUGGGGCUAUUUACAAGAGAAAAUUAUGACCCAGGAAUAUGUUGAUGAACUUGGAAAUAAAGGUCAUUUCAAGGAUUCUCAAUUUCUAGUCUUUAUAAACCGUGUUUUAGCUGUAAUUAUUUCAUCAAUUUGUUUGAUGGUCAUGAGACAGCCUGCGCACACAAUACCAUUAUAUAAAUAUGCAUUCUGUUCAUUCUCUAACGUUUUAAGUAGUUGGUGUCAAUAUGAAGCUUUAAAAUAUGUUAGUUUUCCAACGCAAGUGUUGGCUAAGGCAUCCAAAAUAAUACCUGUGAUGAUUAUGGGUAAAAUUGUUUCUCGAUCCAAAUAUGAAUAUUAUGAAUAUGUUACUGCAGUAUUUAUAUCAAUUGGUAUGAUGAUGUUCAUGUUAGGAAGUACUGAUCAUGAAAGUGAUGGUACAACCACUUUUUCUGGAGUGAUGCUGCUGGGAACUUACAUGACUUUAGAUAGUUUUACCAGUAAUUGGCAGAAUGCUUUGUUUAAAGACUAUGGUGUCAGCACUAUUCAAAUGAUGUGUGCUGUCAACUUAUUUUCAGUUUUAUUGACAGCUACAUCUUUAUUUCAACAAGAAGGUUUAGUUUAUUCUCUAUCUUUUAUGACAACUUAUCCUCAGUUUACAUUUGAUUGUAUAUUGAUUUCAAUCUUUUCCACCACGGGUCAGUUGUACAUAUAUUAUACAAUCUCCAAUUUUGGAGCAGUGACUUUCAUCAUAAUGAUGACUAUUCGUCAGGGCUUUGCAAUAUUACUAUCAUGUAUCACUUAUCAUCACUACAUCACACCUCUUGGAGUAAUUGGUAUAAUUAUAGUUUUUCUAGCUGUGUUCCUGCGUAUUUAUUGCAAUAACAGAUUACGUGCUAUAAAAAAGAGACGAGCUGAGGCUAUCAGUAUAAAAAAUAAGUCUUAAGUGAGAAUUUUUCAAAAAAAUUAUUUAUUUAUUACACUGUACAUGCUGUAAAUAAUUCAACUUAGGAGAAAUGAUCUCACACUCUAGGCUAAUGAGUAAUGAAGGAACAAAUUCUCAAAGAGAAUAAUCGUUAAUAUUAAUGUUAACUGAUAAUGUUAACUUAUAUUGUUCAAACAGUAUAAUUUCACUUCAUUGUCACAUUACACAAGUUUAAAAUAAA